ACUUUUUCAGUUUCUCUCUCUCUCUCUCCUGAAAAGUCGGUGAGAAAAGCAGCAGAGCAAAAACAUUGCCUUCUCUCUCUCCCCUCUCAUUCUCGUUGUGUUCUUUAGCGGUCUUAUAAAAACCCUGCAACUUUGUUCUGGUUCUGGUUCUGGUUUCUAUUAAGCUGAAAUCUCAAUAGGGUUUUUUCAAACGGUAGUCAGUCAGCUGAGAAACCAGCUGAAAAUUUUGGGUUUGGUCAAUUUUUGAGACCUGGAUCGAAUUUUGACUCUAGUAAAAUUUGGGGUUUUUUUUCUUCUUCGUCCACAGAAAUCUCUGAGCUGAGUGAGAAACUUUUAUUUUACAGUCUGGGGUUUCUAAAUGAUUGUGUUUUCUGGGGUAAUGUAAGCUUUGGUCAGAGAUCCAUCACGACAGAGCUGGUAGGUGGGCAUAGAAAAACAAGAGGGGACCCUGACUGGUAGAUGAGAGAGAGAUGAAAUCAAAGCCCUAGAAAAUGAAUAAUUUGUAUCUAAAAACAGUUCCUUAGAGUUCCUACCCAAGUGGUAGAUUUUUGCUUUUUGUCCUGUAGAUUGAAGUUUAAAAAGAGAGAGAGAGAGAGAGAGAGAGAGAGAGAAAUCAAAAUCUCAGCUCUGAUGCCGACCGACGUAGAUAAUUCCCCUACAGCUUCAGGCGAAGCUAGCGUUUCCUCCUCCGGCAACCAAACCGCUCCGCCCAAACCCGCCACCAAGAAAAAAAGAAACUUGCCAGGAAUGCCAGAUCCAGAUGCAGAAGUGAUUGCUCUGUCGCCGAAGACCCUUUUGGCGACGAACCGAUUCGUCUGUGAAAUUUGCAGCAAAGGGUUUCAGAGGGAUCAGAAUCUGCAGCUUCAUCGGCGCGGCCAUAAUCUGCCAUGGAAGCUGCGGCAGAGGUCGAGCAAAGAGGUGAAGAAGCGAGUCUACGUCUGCCCGGAGGCCUCCUGUGUUCACCACGAUCCGUCUAGAGCUUUGGGUGAUCUUACUGGGAUCAAAAAGCACUUUUGUAGAAAGCACGGGGAGAAGAAGUGGAAAUGCGAUAAGUGCUCAAAGAAGUAUGCGGUUCAGUCGGAUUGGAAGGCUCAUUCCAAGAUUUGUGGCACCCGAGAGUACAAAUGUGAUUGUGGGACUUUGUUCUCAAGGAGGGACAGCUUCAUAACUCACAGGGCUUUUUGCGAUGCUUUGGCUGAGGAGAGCGCCAGAGGCCCCACCACCACCAGCGCCACGGCUGCCGCCACCACAGCCGCUGCCACAGCGGUGAAUUUGAAUUCAGAGUCAGACCCAAGAGCUCAAUCUGUUAAUUCACCUCCACAACCACUGCCGUCACCGCCUCCGCCGGCCGCAGCUCCACCCCAGCCUACAACUUCAUCAGUUCCAUCCCAGUCAGCUGGUGUGCUAUCUUCAUCCCCGCCUACACAAAGUCCAGUGAGAGAGUUGCCAGAAAAUCCCACGCAAGUUGUAGAAGCAGUGCCGGCUGUGGCGGGUAGAAAAUGGAAUUGUAGCAGCAGCAGCAGCAACAGCUCAAGUAGCAAUGGCAGUACAAGCAGUGGUGUGUUUGCAAGUUUAUUUGCUUCCUCAACAACAUCGGCGAGCUUGCAACCUCCUCAACAGCCUGCAUUUACUGACUUAAUUCGAGCCAUGGGGCAUCCAGAUCAAUCAACCAACCUAGCUCCAUCUUCUUCAAUGGAGCCCAUUUCUCUUGGCCUCUCAACCAGCCAUGGAUCCUCAAUUUUCGAGUCUGCAGGGCAGGAGCGUAGGCAAUAUGCUCCUCCACCACAACCAGCUAUGUCUGCGACAGCACUGCUUCAGAAAGCUGCUCAAAUGGGCGCAGCAGCAACCAAUGCAUCAUUGCUUCGUGGGUUUGGCAUUAUGUCAUCCUCAACGUCUUCCACGCAACAAGAGAGUAUGCAGUGGAAUCAAAGGCCGGCAGAACCAGAUAAUGUCUCAGUUGCUGCAGGGCUUGGACUUGGUCUUCCUUGUGACGGAGGUUCGGGAUGGAAGGAACUAAUGAUGGGAAGUCCUCCAAUGUUCGGUCCAAAGCAAACCACACUCGAUCUUUUGGGAUUGGGAAUGGCCGCUGGUAAUAACCCCAGUAGUGGCCUAUCAGCCCUAAUCACAUCAAUUGGUGGCGGUCUAGAUGUAGCUGCUGCAGCUGCAUCCUAUGGAGGUGGAGAAUAUAGCGGUAAGGACUUGGCAAGAAGCUCAUGAAACUGGACAACUAAAGAAGUCGUUUUCUUUCAUUUGACUUGAGGAAGGGGUAUACAAGAUGCAGGUUGAUCUCGUAAAUGGAAAAAUCGAUGAUGUUGAAGAAUGAAGCAAGAAAUACAUAACUAAAUAAAAGAUUAGCCUUCAUAGGCAUGGAGGUCAGCAUUCCUUUUUAAUGUUCUCCUGCCUCGGUGACUAGGGCGAAAACGACCUUGUCUUGCCGGUGUAGACUUUGUCGCAACCUAAGUCCGAAGAUUGUUCAGGUUUCGUCCGGCUUCUGUUUAAAUUGGGGGUUUUAGCAUAGGCUUCUAUGUAUGUAUGUCACUUUCUGUAAGCUUCAGGUGGAUUUGGUGAAUGAAUAUGCGUACCUACUACUGCAUACGUUCUGUAAUUUUGUCAAGUUUGUAUAGCUAAGCCUGGUGAUGAAAGGCUAAGUGGAUGGAUUUUACCAAUUUGGGUUUGCAGCACUAGGCCAGGUAGAGGUGGAUGGGAUGGGGGACAUUGUAAAUUACUGUUUGAUUACCCUGUUUUUUAGGUUUUCUAGACUUGGUCAAACUUCCAAUUUCCUCCACUUUGUAGUUCGUAUGUACAAUUAAAUUAAAUUAUUAUAUUUUCUUGUAUAUUUAAUGAA